UAAUCUAUGGUGUGGCCCAAGUAGCAUCAAUAUUGAGCUUGUUCCAAGCCCAUUUUAGCAUUCCGGAGCAAUCGAAGGCUGCCAGAUAAAGGGCAACCGAUAAUAUAAUAGAGAGAGAGUGUGUAGAGAAAUUCGAACAUUCCCGGAGAUUCGCCGCUCUAUCCUUUUAUUCAUCACGACCACCGAGUUCCGCUCACGCUCACGCUCACGCUCACGCUCACGCUCAGCUUAGUGCUUUAAUUGGACUAUGCACCUCUGAGCAGCUACAGCACCCAUGGCUUCCACUUCUGCCAUUUCACUAUGCUUUAUUCCCAAGAUUUCACAGCGUUUCCAUUCUAACAACCAUACACCACAGCUCCAACCCUAUCGUGGUGCCUAUGGCCAUGGGGGUCUCCUACAUACUCCUCUAUCGCUCCGGAGAAGAGGGAGAGCCUUGAGGUUUUCACGUUUAGCGGUGAGAGUUACUGCUUCUUCUAGGGCUGAAGGAGGCUCGAGGAGGCCCGCUUCUGGUCGGAGAGUCUAUCGGCAGUCUCAAACCCAGAGCUCGUCGCUAUCUGCUUAUCCGCUGAAACAAGUUGCUUCCUUUGUGGUCCCAGCUGGCUUGUUUUUGGCCGUCACGUUUGUUUUGUGGAAGGUGGUGGAGAAACUUCUUGUUCCGAAAUCUAAGAAGCCUUCUAAUGUCGAAGAAAAAACGGCUAAACAAGGCUUGGAGUGGUCUUUUGCUGCUGGUACAAAUCUGUUAUCAGGUCUUGGAGCAAAGAUUGACCGAGAGUCCAAGCAAAAGCUCAAUGAAUUUGCCAAAGAACUCAGGGCAUUUAGUGUUGUCGAUAUGUCAGGAUGUAAUUUUGGUGAUGAAGGUUUAGUUUUUCUUGCUGAAAGGUUUGCUUACAAUCAGACACUUGAAGGAGUAAGUUUUGCCGGAAAUGGAAUAACUGCUGCUGGAUUAAAAGCUUUUGAUGGUAUUCUGCAAUCAAACAUCAUGUUAAAGACUCUAGAUCUUUCUGGAAACCCUAUUGGAGAUGCUGGGGCAAAGUGCCUAAGUGAAAUACUGGUAAAUAAUACUGGGAUCACUAAACUUCAGCUGAACAGUGCCAACUUGGGGGAUGAGGGUGCAAAAGCUAUUGCUGAGAUGUUGAAGAAAAAUUCAACCUUACGUUUUCUUGAACUCAAUAACAAUAUGAUUGAAUUUUCCGGAUUUGCAAGUUUGGCUGGAGCUCUUCUUGAGAGUAAGACAAUACGAGAUUUACAACUUAAUGGCAACUAUGGUGGUGCCUUGGGGGCUAAUUCUUUGUCUAAAGGACUUGAAGGGAACAAGUCUCUAAAGGAGCUGCAUUUGCAUGGAAAUUCUAUUGGAGAUGAAGGCAUACGCACAUUAAUUGAUGGUUUAAGCUCACAUAAAGGUAAACUUACCCGUCUAGAAAUUGGCAAUAACUCAAUUAGUGCAAAAGGUGCUUUUCAUGUUGCUGAAUUUAUUAAGAAGAGCAAGAGCUUGACAACGUUGAACAUUAGCAUGAAUGACAUAGGCGAUGAGGGAGCUGAACGAAUUGGAGAUGCAUUGAAGGAAAACCGGACAGUAAAAAGUUUAGACUUGGCAGGAAACAACAUUCAUGUCAAAGGAGUCAGCGUAAUAGCAAAAGCUUUGAAAGACAAUUCUGUCAUUAUAACCUUGGAACUUGGUUAUAAUCCCAUUGGUCCAGAAGGUGCAGAAAGUUUAUGUGAAGUUCUUAAAUUUCACGGUAACAUCAAUAUGCUCAAGCUUGGCUGGUGCCAGUUAGGAGCAAAAGGAGCAGAAUUCAUCGCUGAUAUGAUAAGAUACAAUGGUACUUUAUCCAAUCUGGACCUGAGGGGAAAUGGACUAAGAGAUGAGGGUGCAAAGUGCAUUGCUCGUAGCUUAAAAGUGGUCAAUGAAGCAUUAACUUCGCUAGAUCUUGGAUUCAAUGAGAUAAGGGAUGAUGGGGCCUUUGCCAUUGCUCAAGCAUUAAAGGCUAAUGAAGAUGUGCGAAUCACGUAUCUGAAUCUUUCUCGUAACCUGAUGACCAAAUUUGGACACAGUGCUCUUUCGGAUGCUAGAGAUCAUGUAUAUGAGAUGACCGAAAAGGAAGUAGAAGUUGUUUUCUAAAAGGUGGGUUGACAUAACUGAGUUGUGGAUAACAUGGUUUAGGUUUAUUCGUUUGCCAGAAGGUGUUGAUAAUUAAUGGUAUUGGUGAGGACAACAAAAUACUUUUUUGAUCCAAAUUUUGGAGUUCUUACCAAUAUCCUCUUAGAAUGAGAGAAAGAUUGAAAUUUUGACGCUGAGUUCGUAGUUAGUCUGUCACAUCAUCUAAUUAUUUUCUUUAAUCCGAUUGUUAGUAACCAAGCCAGGUUACAACGACAUGAUUAUAAAUUUGUCGUUUGUCCUGUCUCAUUUUUUGGGGGUAUUUUAAGGGAUAUCUUAAAACUUAUUUUUCCAUGUGAUAAAUCAUAAAACGGUAUUUAGUAUGGGUAACCAGAAUAUUCGCUUAAGGUGGUUAAUUUUAUUUUAGUGUGGUUAUAGAUUUUUUUUUUUCACUACACACUGCAGUGUGGUUGAACUUUUAUAUACACAUUUUUUUUUUUAAAUAAUUUUUUUUUAUUAAUUCAUUUUAAUUUAGUUC